CAUUCAUGCGGUUCUAUGGGUAGCGAGCUCCAAAUUGGAUUUCCAAGAACAUGAGGACCCGGUCGGCUGUUAGCUGCAUAGGGACACUCCUGUCCCAGCUACAAGACCGGCGAUGAUGACUGAAAGCACAGAACAGGACUUAGAGCUCGGCGAUAACUCAAAACUAGGCCCCACCCUUCUUGCGUCAUGCCAUGUCAAAGACCCUUUCGCAAUCCUCUGGAGCCUAGAGUCCAAUGGCUAUAUAUACGUGCUCUUGGACUGUCUGUACUCAGCUCACCAGCUUCAUUGAACAUUCAUCUCAAUUGACCAUAUUUUCACAUCUCACAUCCCAGAUCUAGACAACAUGUCGUUUAACCCGGUUGCCCCGAAGCCCAAGAGCCUACUUGGCUACCACCAGGUUCUCUCUCCCACCGCCGGUGUCAAGGUCUCACCGCUAUGCUUGGGAGCAAUGAACUUCGGAGAGGCGUGGACAGAAUUCAUGGGCAAAUGCAGCAAAGAGGAUACCUUCGCUCUGCUGGACUACUUCUUCAAUGAAGGCGGGAACUUCAUCGACACUGCCAACGCAUAUCAGUACGAGGAGUCGGAAACCUGGAUCGGCGAAUGGAUGAAGCUGCGCAACAACCGCGACCAGAUGGUGAUCGCCACCAAGUACACGACGGGGUACCGCACGGCGCACUUGGACACGGAGCCGCUGCAGUCCAACUUUGUGGGCAACUCGGUGAAAUCGCUGCGCGUCUCCGUGGACGCCAGCCUCCGCAAGCUGCAGACGGACUACAUCGACCUGCUGUACGUGCACUGGUGGGACUUCACGACGGGCGUGGAGGAGGUCAUGCAGGGGCUCAACGCCCUCGUCACCGCCGGCAAGGUCCUCUACCUGGGCGUCUCCGACACCCCGGCCUGGGUCGUCGUCAAGGCCAACGACUACGCCCGCGCCCACGGCCUGCGGCCCUUCGCCGUCUACCAGGGCAAGUGGAACGCCGGCUUCCGCGACAUGGAGCGCGAGAUCGUCCCCAUGUGCCGCGACCAGGGCAUGGCGAUCGCGCCGUGGGCCCCGCUGGGCCAGGGCCGGUUCCGCUCCGCCGCGGCCCGGCAGCAGGCCCAGCAGCAUGAGGGGUCCACGCGGGGCUCGCAGCCCACCGAGGCGGAUUUGAAGAUCUCGGAGGUGUUGGAGAAGGUCGCCGAGCGCAAGGGGACGAAUCUGUACGCGAUUGCCCUCGCCUACCUCCGCUACAAACAACCCUACAUCUACCCCAUCGUCGGCCAGCGCAAGGUCGAGCACCUCAAGGCCAACAUCGACGCCCUGAAGAUCGACCUCAGCAAGGCGGAGAUCCGCGAGAUCGACCUCGCCGCCCCCUUCGACCCCGGGUUCCCGAACACGAUGCUGUUCGGCGGCAACGAGAAGUACGACGUCGGGUUCACGGCCGCGGAUAUCUCGUUGACCAAGUGGGCGGCGCAUAUCGAUGCGCCGGCGCAGCAGGAGGCGGUGCGGCCUCGGAAGGAGUAAGUGGAGGAUUUGGGCGAGGCCUGCCUCGGUGUGUGUGUAUAUUCUAUGUGGUGUGUAUAUAUUCUAUGUGUGUAGGCGUGCGAAUAUUGAAUUCUUGUUGCGUUGUGUA